GUUUCGCUUGGACACUCGUAGCCACUUGUAGCUAAACCGGCGACACAUCAACAAGCUUAGGGCAUAUAGUUUAUUGUUCUGCAUGCAUUGCAAACACUAAUCAGACGGCAUUAUAGACUACGAGGCUCCUUGCUCUGAAGGCAAUUUAUCAAUAGUUUCCGUACGGUGGCGAACGCCGAUAUGUCAACAGUGCUAUAUCUUAUAGGUCGCUACAUUACAUAAGUAGUCUUACAGAGUAGGUUGUAGUCCUGUUUGGUAAUUAGGAGAUAAACAGGUGGUUAAGCCAUAGAAUACAGUUUAACCCUUGUAGCCCCACGUCGGUUUCUUACCCGCUGUGCCAACGUGACGCUCAUCAGUGAAGUUAAGCAGCUCGUGCCAAAAGGGUUGCUUGGCGGUAUUCGCCGAGGCGGCGACGACGGCCCGGCCGGACGCUUCCGCGUAGCUCCUGGACUCUAAAUCUUCGUAAUCAAGCAGGAGGGAAAACCUUAGUUGGCCAUCGCAGAGAUGGCCCGCGGCUGGGCCUCGAGGCUUAGCCUGGCCCUCGUAGCUGGCCUGCUAUGCGCAGUUGCAGUUUCUGCGACGGCGCUGGAUCGGAUGUCCCGGGAUUCCUUCCAUUUUGGGCGCAGCUUGACUGCCGUGGACCCAAACAGCGGCUUUCCAUACUGCAAGUGUGACACGUACGACUGCACCUGCUCGCCGUACAACUUGACGUACGCUGGGGCCGCACCGGCCGGCAACGGAACAACUCGCUACUGCUUCAAUGUGGGUUACCUGGGCUGCCCCAAGAGCCGCAGCUGCUGCCUGGCACUGAAGCAGUCCGUCAGCAAAAUCGCCUUCACAAUCGGUGCUGAUUGCCAGAAGCCCUCCAUUUCCAAGGUGGAGGUCAACGGCAAGAGCUGGCUCAGCUGGCUGACUGUGGCCUGGCCGCAAAGCACCGGAGUCACCGGCUACGAGCUGCGCGUGUACGACCUGGCAGCCAACGCCACCACCUUUCCCAACUCCAGCAUCUGCAUUACCGCGAAGGCGCCCUGCUCCAGCAUGACCAGCUUCUGCGACCCGGACACCGCCUCCUGCAUGUACAUGGUCUCGGAGUCCUCUUACGCGCAGAACUGCCCCGUCUGCCCCAUGCCAAACUCCAAGUACCUUCCACCGCCGCCGCCUUCACCUCGGCCUCCCUCGCCGCGGCCUCCGCCGCCGCCGCCGCCACCCUCGCCCCCGCCGUCAUGUGAUUUGUGCGCAUGGGUGUAUGUGCAGCCUCCCGCCGUGUCCGCCUACCCGUCCUUCACCUUUAACGCCACCUUCUGUUCCUCUAUGGGUGCCAACAUGGCCUCCUCCCUUAACAACGUAGCCGCCGCUGCAAAGGCAACGCUGCUAAAGUCAUUCAAGCUGGACACCUGCUCUUCAGCGCUCAACCGGGCUGCCGGCGUGUAUCCGUACAUCAGGGUUUGCGGCUCCUUCUUCUCUUCCGCGGAUAGCGCGAAGCUGAAAGGGGUCAUCGACUUCCUGCAAAUGAGCUGGGUCAAUUUGAUUAUUGGCAAUGGCCCUUGCCCAGCGCGCUUCUCACAGUACGAUUUCCGUAGCGUUGUGGCUUCACCCUUCGGCUCGCCUGGCUGCCUGUACAGUGAGUAUCUACCGCCGACGUGCAUGGUGCUGCCCCCACCUCCACCACCGCCCACGCCACCCCCGCCGCCUCCGCCGCCUCCGCCACCACCACCCUCAC